AUGGAGACCCGCACGGAAACAUACACACGCCACCAACUACCCUCGGCACGGCAAGGCCGAAUGAAGAUUGACUCGUUGCUGAACCCUUCUGCUGAUGGCGGGCCGGAUGAACACAGCAGCACGACAGGGUCGCCAUACAGCCAGCACGCGACGAUGUCAUCCUCGUCACACAACAACGGCUACGCACAUUCACCGGGCUACCCACCAUCCCCAAACCAGUAUUGGUACUCCUCCAGAUAUCAAGGCUACCACGACACCAGCCCGGGCGCAGCAUCCACCGCCACGACGCACACCAGCAGUGGCAGCGGCAGCGGCAGUGGAAGUGGCAGUAACUCGCACCAUCAUCAUCACCAUCACCAGAGUCAACAACAUUCCUCAUCAAAUGGCCAGCACCACCAUCACCACAUGUUCCUGUCCUACCGACCCACGAACGGGUCUACCCGCUCAUCACCAGACCCGUACCACCCACGCGAGCGAUACGACUCCGUCUCAUCCAGCUCCAGCAACAACGGCGACCGGCGGCGGCCACCACGUCCCAAGUACGAAGAAGAAGAAAUGUACUUCAUCUGGUACCACCGGGUCGACCUGUGUCAGGAGUGGAAGGAAGUCCGCGAGAGUUUCAACCGCCAGUUCCCCAGUCGCCAGCGGCGUGGGUUCCAGGGUAUCCAGUGCAAAUUCUAUCGAUUCAUCAAGGAGAAGAAGUGUCCGACGCUACGGGAGCAACGGCGUAUGCGGGAUGGCGAGUUUCUUCGAGAGGGGGCUUCGAUGGGGGCGGAUUCGGGCGCUCCGAGGUUUGGUGUGAGGGAAUGGGCGAAUGUGUGGUAUCCGUGGAUGCGUGAGGGUGAGGAGAUUAGCCCGAGGCAGUCGCGCAUGUCGACGUGA